CACACAAAAAAAAAAGGCUUAUUGAAUUGUGGGAAAGCUAGAACAUCGGGACGAGUAAGGCUAGAAAUGUUGGUAAAGAAGAAAAGAUCUGAAAGAAAAUAAAAUAGGAAGAGACCAGAGUCGUUGGAUUUCGCAAGUGACUUUUUUACUUAUGGGAUUAACCGCAGACUCGUUCAAAAGACCAUCCUCACUUUCCUAGGAUCCAAGUAAUCAAAAUUCACUUUCACCCUAAUUACAUCUCUAUUUAAACAACACCACUUUUUUCAAUCCUCACUAACAAGUAAUUACCCUUCUCUUUUUUUUCUUCUUUUUUUUUGUUUUCUUCUCUAUACAUAUUGUAUUAAAAGAAAAAUACACUUUCCUGUAUUUUUAAUUUUUUUUUGUGAGUAUUAAAGAAAACACAAGACAAGAAUGACAUACCACGUACCUCCUCCAGCGGAUGAUGAGGAGAACAAAGGAAGAUCAACAGACAAUAACAAUCACCGUCAAAUGGAUUACAACGAUUGGUUACCAGUCACAGCGUCUAGAGAGGCCAAAUGGUAUUACUCCGCCUUCCAUAAUGUCACGGCCAUGGUUGGUGCCGGAGUUCUUGGUCUCCCUUUCGCAAUGUCACAACUUGGCUGGGGACCUGGACUUGUUGCGAUAAUAAUGUCAUGGGCUAUAACGUUCUACUCGUUAUGGCAAAUGGUGGAGUUGCAUGAAGCCGUUCCCGGGAAACGGUUGGACCGUUACCCCGAGCUAGGCCAAGAAGCGUUCGGACCAAAACUAGGUUACUGGAUCGUCAUGCCGCAACAGCUUAUGGUCCAAAUCGCUUCCGACAUAGUCUACAACGUGACAGGAGGCAAAUCGCUUAAGAAAUUCGUCGAGCUUCUCUUUCCGAAUCUCGAACAUAUCCGUCAGACUUAUUACAUCCUCGGGUUCGCGGCGCUCCAGCUUGUCCUCUCUCAGUCUCCUGAUUUCAACUCGAUCAAAAUCGUCUCUCUCCUCGCCGCCCUCAUGUCUUUCCUUUACUCAAUGAUAGCUUCCGUAGCGUCAAUAGCGAAAGGAACGCAUCACCGUCCUUCAACUUAUGGAGUCAGGGGAGACACAGUGGCCUCAAUGGUCUUUGAUGCAUUUAAUGGCAUUGGAACCAUAGCGUUUGCGUUUGCAGGACAUAGUGUGGUUCUUGAGAUCCAAGCUACUAUUCCUUCAACACCUGAAGUUCCUUCCAAGAAACCGAUGUGGAAAGGAGUUGUCGUAGCUUACCUAAUCGUCAUCGUUUGUUACCUUUUUGUGGCUAUCUCCGGUUUUUGGGCUUUUGGUGAUCUUGUUGAGGAUGAUGUUCUCAUUUCCUUAGAGAGACCAGCUUGGCUUAUAGCUGCUGCUAAUUUCAUGGUUUUUAUCCAUGUCAUUGGAAGUUAUCAGGUUUUUGCGAUGAUCGUUUUUGACACAAUCGAGUCGUAUCUUGUGAAAACACUGAAAUUCGCUCCUUCAACAACACUGCGUCUAGUCGCACGUAGUACAUAUGUUGCAUUGAUAUGUCUUGUAGCAGUUUGUAUCCCCUUUUUCGGAGGUCUUUUAGGGUUCUUCGGCGGUCUUGUCUUCUCAUCAACCUCGUACUUCUUGCCUUGCAUUAUAUGGAUGAUCAUGAAGCGACCAAAAAGAUAUAGCGUCCAUUGGUGGUGCUCAAUUAUAUCAAUAGUCACUGGAAUCUUGAUAGCAAUUCUUGCGCCCAUUGGAGGAAUGAGACACAUUAUUCUUUCAGCAAGAACUUACAAGCUCUUCUCAUAGGCUUUAAAUAAAAAGCCUUGCAACCAAACAAUAUCACAACAAACUUAUAAAAGUUUUUAACUUAAAUUAGCCGUCUAGUUGGAGAAUAUAUAUAGUUAGUUAUUCGAUUAUUUGGCUUCUCGUUUUCUUUUUAUAACCCGUUCAUCAAGAACUGCCUUCCGAAUUGCUGUGAAGGCUUUACGCGCUUGGCCUUAGGCUGCGACUGAUGAUGUUCUCUCAAACACUUCAUGUAAAAUCACCUAAAAAGGAAUACCAUACAAUAUGUGGUCAACCUCAGGCUCUAAACUUGCAGGUUUUUGGUUUUUAGUUUUUUUUUUUUUUUUUUUUAAUUAAGUCUAGAGUUUCUACUGCAGGUAAAAAAAAAGCCUAAACGGCAGUAUCAUAACUUUUUGUAUGGAUUGUAAUAAAACAUCUGAAUAAUGAGAUUGGCUUUUCCGUUUUCC